AUGGAGGAUGGUGAUUACGUAUCAUCGGCAUCCUCUUCGGACGACAUCAUACAAGAGAAAGACAAGUCUUUUAGUGCCUCGAAUCGGCGCGUGCUGACCCAAGUUUUGGCACGCAAGGACAGGGAUGCUAAAAAAGUGCAUGAACUUUUGAGGCUCGCUUUCUCGAAGUUGGAUCAGGAAACCCAACGUGCCGUUGAUGCCGAACGCCGCGCUACAGAGUGUUUAGUGCGCGCACGCAACGCGAUCGACGCACGUACUCUUGCUGAAGCAGAAGCCGCCCGUACACGCGAGGAGCUUGGAAUGUACAAGGUUCAGCUUGACCAGGCGCAGCGUGAAAUUCUUCGAGCACAAGAAGUCCUCGACAGCCUUGAAGCUCGCCGACGCGAUGCUGAAGACGAGGCGGCAAGAGCAAGGAGUGUGGCGAGGAAGCUACAGGAACAAAGAGCAGUGGAUCUUGCACGGGAAGAGGGUAGAAAGGCUGGCUGGAGGGAGGGUGUAGAGCGAGGUUGGAGAAUGGGCUGGGAAGAAGCCCUUGAAGGGAGGAGAGUACGGAAUGGGCGGACACGACCUAGACCGAGAAGGAGCUUGCAAGAGGUCUUGUUCGAGGAUGAAGGACCAGAAGAACCUCGUGUGGAGUAUGAGCAGAGCUCGGAGGAAUCUUCCCUCGUCAAUGUUCCUUCAAGAGGGGUUCCAGAAGCUGGAAAUGGCUUUGCACUCCCGUUCGACGGCGCACCGCAUGAACAAACACAUCACAUUCCAGCUAUCACAACGCCCGUACCAACCCUCACAACGCCAUUCCGACCACCACCUCCAGAUUCUACUCGUUUCGAUCCUGGUCUCGGGCGGCAACGCACGCAUGAACGUGUACGAGAGCAAUCACGUCACCGGACGCCUGAACCUACGUAUGUUCGCUACCAGACACCUGAUCCUGUCCCGAUCCGCUACCAGGCUCCCGAUGUUCGCCGCCAUCACACACAUGAACCACGUUUCGCACCGCCCGCGACAUAUGACUACGUUGUCGAUUCAGCUCCCGCACCAAUACGCCCGACCACUCCAUCGAGUCAUUCUCGACCUUAUGGCCCCCACGAUGAUGAGCCAUCCCCGAUACGCCCACUUGCAUCUUUUCUAUCCCCCAUUCAUCGCCCCAUAUCGGUACCACCAGACGGCUUCAUACCAUAUGCGUUGGACCUAGCAAAUGAUACUGGUCAGGCCGCUAUCCGACUUCCCCCUCCUCAUGAGCUCGCAGACCCCAUUCGCGGAAGGCACAAUCCUGUCGUCGUUAUUUCGACUCCCGAAGGCGGUAGCCCUGCGCCAGUUGGCUCCGCCUCUGACGAUGGCCCAAGAGCUUCAACCUCAAGAAUGGGAGACAUGCGCAACGGAAGCGCCCCUCGUCGGCCACCUGUACCACCGUCAGCCAUUCCCCCACGCAUAUCAAAGGAACCUUCUAGUCAUUCACGAGCAUCCACCCAUUUAUCAGAAUACGAGCUGUUACAUCCGCCCCAGAAGAUCGCGAGUAUGCGCAUAGUCCCUCAGAAGGAUCGAGAGCUGUGCCGCCAUUCCGUCCUCACUCUAGUCAGAAUCAUCGUGGCGGUGAACAUGCUCAUCGACGAGCCUCAUCACGUGGCGGUCCACGUCCUCCGCGCGAGAUUGUGCUUCCUGUGCCUCUGGCUCCACCUGUUGAGCAGCUGGCCCGCCCACAUUCCCGACCAAGCACUGCUGUAG